CGGCGGGGACGCCGGCCCGCCGGCCGCCGCGCCGGCUCAUCAGUCGGCAGCAGCGCGCGAUUGUGGCGGGACGUCCCCCGCGUGCGUCUCUCGUCGCGUCUCCGGUCCGCCGAGUGGCGUCUGUUGUCGGCCGGUGGGACCCGUCACCUGCAGGAUGGCCGAGGGAGGCCGCAGCCCGCCGCCGCGGCCACCCACUGCGCGCGGCUACCACCGUCUGGUCGAGGCGGAGGAGGAGUACCUAGCAGCAGUGGCAGCCGGAUCACCGCGGCCCGAGUACUGGCUCGAGCAGGCGACCGCCUGGGAGGACGAGUGCCGCCGCAGUCCGGGCCUGGAGCAGCUGCUGCAGCCGCCCGACAGCCCGGUGUGCGCCGGUCGCCGGCGGCUCGGUCCGGCCGUACCGACCGUCAGCAGUCGGGUCACUGGUGACGCCGACAGUCAGAGGGCCAGUGACGCCGGGGAGAGACCGGCCGGAGAGCAGCCGCCCGACCAGCCGCGCUGGAAGGUGGACAUUCAGGUGCGCGAUCCGAGACUGGAGGACGUCGGCUGCUGCAACUUCUGUCUGGGCACCUGCCUGAACCCCUAUCCCAUCAACUUUGAGAUCAUCACAAUGUCCGACUCUCCGAUGCUCUGCGCCAACUAUAUGGUGGUGAGGCGCUGGGAUGAAGACUUCAUCAAGCUCUACAACAGUCUUCGCGACCAGUUUGCCUUCAAUGGGCCUCUGAUCUCGGCUCUGAACACCCACCGACCGCGGCGGCUCACACAACUCUCCGAGGACGCGGUCACCCUCCAGUGCGGCCUCCACAAGAAGCUGCUCAAGUGGAUCAUGAGCAACAACGCGUUCUACAGCAGCCACGACCUGCACGCGUUCAUCGGCUGCAAGGCGGACACGUGUCCCUCGCAGCACACAGAGUCGGUGAAGAAGUUCCCGCAGUACCCGCGCGGCACGCGACGCCGCCGCUCUGGCCAGCACGAGGACUGAGAGUGCGCCCGCCGCGCCGGGGCCGUACCGGUGGGAUAACUACGGUUUGACGUUCGACAUCAGAGCGAAGUGAGCUCCGCUGUCCAAUGGACAGUGUAAGGACGACCGCAAUGACCGGAGAGCAGCGACCGAGGCUGCAGGCUUGGUGGUCAGAUGUGUCUAGUGGUCUGAUGACAAGCGUGUCGAAUCUGAGGACCGCGAAACCAAGCCAAGAACUGGCUGAAUCCAGCGUCGCCAGAGGCGGUGUGACAUCGCGAUCUCUGUGACCAAUCAUCACGUAGCAAAGUGUGCCGAUCAGAAGAGAAGAAUCGCGGAAUGUCGAUGUCCAAUGACCACAAUCUUGGAAAGAGAGACAAUUGCGGGUCACGCAUCGACACAAGAUUGUAGACUUCACUGUAUCUCAUGAUUUUUGUAUCUCACGAUUUUGCCUGCCAAGCUCCGUGCUGUCGUUUAUUUAAACGGUUUGUGUACGACGAAUGUCCACGUGCUGAGUACAAAUAGUUCACUGCCAGGGGUUGCGUAUGUGCGUCGUAUUCAGACGGAUGUCUCGCCUCUUUGACUGGUGCGUCUUGGGCCAGAUUACUGACACCAGAGAGGCAUUAGGUGUGCCACCAUCAUGACGCUCAUAUCCGGUGUUUUACUGACAACCAUUGUGUAAUCAUUGUGUAAUUGUCUGGGGAGUCGUUUUAAUACAGGAUCAUACAUUCCUUCAA